GCAGAUGGUGGGCUGCAGUCGUUCCUCGUACUACACCCACUGGGUUCUUUAUGCUGCCGGCCAAGCUCUGGCGUAUGCUGUGAUCAACGUGAUCUUUUGGUAUGGCAUCCAGGUGAUCCAGACCUUCUCGGUGAUGCCCGUGUUCUUCCUUCAUAACGUGGUGUUCUUCCUGAACUUGGCUUUAUUUGGCUUCGUGAUGUCCACCUUCAUGAGCGCCCCCUUGAUGAGCCAGCUCUUCACCAUGGUCGUGUACUGCUGCAGCUGUGCCUUGGCCUUCAUCCCGACCAACGUCAGUGAGUGGAUCUUCAUGUUCAUCCCACAGUUUGCAUACAGCAAGGCUCUGACGGUCUACAUGUCCAAUGAGCUCACGAAGUGGGAGGGAACAUAUGAUGAAGACAGUUACACCUUGAUCGGCACUCUUGGAUGGUUGCUUUUGGAUGCAAUCCUGUGGCUGCUUCUUUGGCUUUACCUCGAUCAGGUGAUCCCACAUGGCGGUGGAACAACUCAGAAGCCGUGGUUUCCUUGUGACAAAGGAUAUUGGAAAGGCGAAGAUGGAGUAGUUAGACAAGAUCCUGGUGCUACCGAGAUGGUUGCUACAUCCAGCUUUCAACAGGCACGCGAUCCCUGGUUGCUCAACGGCCAAGAGGCGACCGAGGCGGCGGAACCACCGGAGGUGGCGACCGAGGCUCCGCCCCAUUGGCAGCCGCCUUCCGGUCGCCGCUCCGUGGACGAGGCGUUGUCCAUUCAAGGACGCAACUCGUUGAUCGAGCCGGUAGACCGGGGGAUGGUGGCGCAGAUCUUGGCCAAGAAUUGCGUCAAGGUGGACGAUCUAUGUGUUUACUUCAAGGGGAUCUACAAUGAAGAGAUCAAAGCAGUGGAUGGAGUGAAUUUCGUGAUGUUCCCAGGCGAAAUCUUUGCGCUUCUGGGCCACAAUGGUGCAGGCAAAUCCACCACCAUGUCGGCCAUGGUCGGCUUGACCGCGCCAACCAAAGGUGUGAUCUCUGCCUUCGGGCGCAAAGUGCCUGAAGAUCUGGUUGAAGUGAGGAAGUCCAUGGGCUUUUGUCCACAACAUGACGUUCUUUUCCCAGCGCUCACUGUGGUGCAGCACAUCGAACUCUUCUCAGCGUUGGCUGGAAGACAAAAGAGUGACGAAGCGGAAGUCUUUAAGCUGGUCUCGGACAUUGGGCUCCACUCCCGUGCCCACUAUCAAGUGACACAACUCUCGGGCGGCAUGAAGCGCAAGCUUUCGGUGGGCUUGGCUUUCUCAGGAGAACCGAACCUGGUGAUUCUCGAUGAGCCGACGAGUGGCAUGGAUCCCCUCUCUCGCCGCGGGCUGUGGGACUUCCUGAAGCUUCGGCGUCAGGGCCGUGCGAUGCUACUCACCACUCAUUUCAUGGAUGAAGCUGGCGUUCUGGGAGAUCGCGUGGCCAUCAUGCGGGCAGGCACCGUCCAAGCGUGCGGCACCGCGGACUUUCUGAAGCGUCGCUUUGGAUGUGGCUACGUGCUGACCAUUGUGAUGGAAGAAAGAAGCAGUAGCCAUGAGCCAGUGCGACAGCUCUUGGGAUCCAUCCUGGGGCAUACACUGGAGAUCUCAGGUGUGGGCAAGGAGAUCUUGGCAAACAUCCCGAUGGAAUGUGAGAGCCAGCUCUCCUCUUGCUUGGCUGCUUUGUCGGAGAAGAAGGUCGAGCUGUCGCUGGCGACCUUUGGAGUCUCCGUCUCCAAUCUCGAAGAGGUGUUUCUGAAAGUGGCGAGUGGUGAUCAUGCAAGCAAGCAGGACCAGAAAGAAGCAGAGACUUCCUUCCAAGCAGCCAUGGAAGAGGUGGAGGCGCAAGCUCCGCAAGGGCCCUGCUUCGUGAUGCCCAACCCAGGUGGCACGGUGAUGCAACAAAUGCGCGGGCUGUUGGAGCGACGUGGGUCCACGGCGAUUCGAGACAUGAAGACGUUCAACAUGGGUUGCUUGGCACCAGUCUUGAUGUUGGUCUUUGCCACCUGGAUUGGCGCCAAGAUUGUGAGGGACAACAAACCUCUAGGAGCGCCAGGUGCACCAGUUCCAAUAGAGCUGAGCAAUUUGAAGGCAACAUUUGCAAGCACAGAGGGUGGCAUGGACGGCGUGGAUCUCAUCAAGGAGAGUACCAAGACGAAUUACAAGUGCUUCACCGGCGACUACAGCGGCUGGACUCCGCAGACGUGUGACGUGGACUCCGAAGCAGAUCGAUUGACCAACAUUCCGUAUGGCUACCUUGAGCAGUGCAAGUCCAAGUAUAAGUACUUGGAGCUCGACUGCAAGAAACGUUGGCUCCGCCACCUCCUCGCCUUCGACGAGCUCCUGCUCUUUGGCUCG